CAAUCCGAACUGCUCCCCUUGACCUAUAUACUGCCAAGAUGGCCGGUGGCUAAGUUGUGAGUUGGUACGGGCUUCAAUUGAACUGAUAAUGUUUAAACAAAGGAGGUAGGACAAUAAUGGAUGCCAUCAUUGCAGUGCUGCGCCUUGCUCAGCCUCUUGCACAGCGUCCAACUGCUACCACAUCAGGCCUGUUUGAAAUAUUACUGGCAGAUGUUAAAAUAUCCAGUACUGAUAACUCCAGAACCAUAAAGCAGUUACCAAAAGUAGUUGUCAACAUCAACCCCCAAGAUGAGGAGCCAACAGAUGUUAUAAUUAAAUAUGUUCACCAGUUGACAGGAGGGGAUACUGGAGGCCUUAGAGGUUUAAGAAGUUUAUUUGUACCUCCAACAAAGUUUGAAUCUGGUGAUAGAGAAUCAUUUAUGAGGGCUUCAUUAUUUUGUGUACCUGUGGAUGGAAGAGAGAGAGCAACCACUGCUUUUAUGAACCAGAGUGUGUCCUUCCCCCAGUUUCAUUCAUUAGACUUUGUUCUCAGCUCUCUUAAUAGCAAUAGCAUCAACUAUGCAAAAGCAACAAGGCACAUGGUUCAGAGGCUAGAUAGUUGGCUUAAAGAGCGCCAGAUGGUGCCAGGUGCCAUAGAAGCACUGUUUCGUAAGCCUGCCCAACAGAGACUAGGCUUGUCAGUGUUCAACCCUGCCUUUAUGCCUUCCUCGCGCAGUAACGACAGCAUCAACCUCCAGGAGAAUACUGGGAUACAGGAUGCUAAUGAUGCCCUGGCUAAAAUGAUGGCAAUUGAGAAAUGUGAUAUAGUUGUCAUGAACCCGUUAUUUGGGUCUGGUCUUCCUUACAAGCACAAGGUUGAUGCCUUUGCAAUCAAUAGGUACUGGGGUGUAGGAGUACCUGAUUAUGGCAGGAUCCGUGUAGACAGCUCAGGGAGUUCAAGUGAUGUCAGCUUUUAUGAAUUUCCUCUACAUAAAAAAGCUUAUGAUGGGGAUGCUGAUGCAGUAAGGGACCUAAUAGCCAAGGGGCAGCCUGUGACUCAAAAGGACAGAAAUUCUUGGACACCUAUACAUUAUGCUGUUUGGUAUGGGCAUUUGGAGGUUAUCCAGGUACUUCUUGAAGAAGGUGGUUGCCCGCCAAAUAUAACAAACAAGAAACGUUCCACUCCGCUUCAUUUUGCUGCUCUGUGUGGACACCCUUAUGUUGUUGAACUGCUGCUUAAUCACCCAGACAUAGACGUGCAUGCAGUUGACAAAGAUGGGAAUACUGCUCUGAAUUUAUGUAUGGAUACAGAAAAGCCAGAGCACAAAGAGAUAGCCAGUCUUCUCAAGAAAGUUAUGAAAAGAAGAGAGUAUGAAAAAAUUGAUGUCCAUCUAAUGGAUAACAAGGUGGUCAGGCUGGACCUGGUCUCUGGUGCUAACACCACUGUUCACCAACUACAUCUUCAGAUGUUACGGCAUUUAGAAUUCCCUGCAAGUGCUGCCCACAUGUUCACAAUAUGGAUCUGUUCAGCUAACUUACAACUACAACUACGGAAAGAGCACCGGCCAGUAGAGCACCAACAAGACUGGGCGAAAAUAGUGGGCAUGUUAACUGACUGUGACCCAAGUAAAGAAACACCUAAACUAGUCUGGAGGAGGGAUGCCAGGCUUAGCAUUGCACAUGAAAAGAAGGUACGCCACCCAGCAGUAGUAAAUCUCCUUUUUCACGAGGCAUAUAGGAACUACAUCAAGGCCCUCUAUCCUUGUGCAGACCAAGAUGCAUUUAUGCUGGGUGCUAUUCUAAUGCAGCUGUGGUUUGGAGAUUAUGAUCAGAAGAAAUCAAAAGGUUUGAUAGAAACAAACAUAUGGGAUUUAGUCCCAACCCCUAUGCUGAAGUCCAAGGGGGUUGGCUGGACAAGUAAAAUAGAGAAAGAAUACAAGAACUUUACACAACAAAUGUCAGACAAAGAUCAUCCUCCUCAGAUCCUGCAGUAUCAGUUUCUGAUGGUGUGUUGGAAUCUUGUAGUGUAUGGGGCAGCAUUUUUCUUAGCAUCCAUGCCCUCAAAGUCUCCCAAACAGUCUGUCCCAGUUUACGUGGGAGUCAAUGACAUUGGUGUCCAUGUAAUACAUGGGCAAUCUAAGACUAUGAUGCUUACAUUUCACUACAAAGAUGUAGAAUGGUUUAAUAAGGAGGAUCAACCAGUACUGGAAAUAAAACCAAAAGCUUCACCAAAACAGGGAGUGAUGACCAUUCACACAAAACAGGCUGGACUAAUUGAUCAUCUUAUGUCAAAAAUGGCUCAGAUCCACAUCCCAGUGCCAGCGCCUGAAUUGUAACAAAGAGUCCAAUGUUUUUGCAAGAUAAAAGGUCCCAUUUAUGAAAUGUGGUAGUAGAUUUAGGAGAUAAUCUAAAAGACUGUUAAGUGCUAGUUUGCUUAAAGGCUAAUUCUACUGCCAUUUUGCAAUUAACAAAAGUCAUUUUGCUGGUACUGAAAAUCUCUUUUUAUCUGUGAUACUUGUACAUAUAUAUAUAUUUGUUGUAUAUAAGAUAACUUUUAUAUAAGACAGUAUUAUUCUCUUUAUUGUUGAAAACAGCUCACUUGUACAUAGUUGUCAGUAUGUCAUCAGUAAAAACAGCUUUAAGUAAACAUGUGAUAAGCAUGAAUGCAAAUUAUGAAAGUCAGUGUGUUAAUUUUUACCUUUAAUUUCUCUGGAUAUGUGGAUUUGAAGCAUAUGUAAUUGUAAUACUUUCGGUAGGUGCAUCUUUUGUUUUACUUAUCUAGCUUUGUAUGUUCAACGUAUAGAGGAUUUAUGCCAAUUUUGGAGAUAGUUCACUUGUUUUCUCUUGUCAAGUCACUAAGUACUUUGUAAAAAUUUUGCAUAAAAAAGUCAGAAUCUUGUUUUAGGUUAUUUCAUAGUAUACCUGUUGGUUCAAUUCUUUAAGAAAUGUCACAUUUUCAACUGCGGCAGAACAUGUUAGCAGCCAAGGUCAUAAUCCUUGAUGUCAUUUGUCACAAUUGAAGACACCAUUGUGAUAUUCACUUGUUAAGGAAAUA